AUGAGCCGAAGCAUUGUGGUAUCUGUAGAUUGGCUUGUAGUCCUAGAUUAUGAAACUAAGGAGCGGAACGUAAUUAGAUUUGUGUUAUUUCCGGAUAUUGGCCUUGGCUACAAUCACAUGGUCCCUUUGACUCUUUCAACAAUUCCACCUCUUAUGGAUGCGCCAUGGAACUAUGAUGAAAGCGGCUCUCCCAAGGAUACUGAACUGAUGCAAAAGUCUGUGGACCAGAAAGACUACAUCGCAGCUGUGCGACAGGAGGAGGAUAGGAGCGAUGGGAACAGUCGUUGUCUAUCGGAAGCGCUAGAGCAUUCGAGAAAGCGGUAAUUGGUUGCUGCGAUGAGAUUAUAUCGGGAUGGUAAGGUUGGAUGGUAUUUUAAGG